UGGUUGAAGGAGAUGAAUCACUUGAUUGAGCCACUAAUGUGUGAAGCCAACGGAGUUUGAGAAGAAGAAAUCCCUGUAAAUGACGGAUCAUGGAUAAAGACCUGUUUCAGAAUGUGCUGAUUAAGGUAUUGAUCCUGGUGCUAAUGGUGCUAAAUGCAGGUUUCUGUUAUUCAGUACGGACUGAUGAUCACGUGAAUUUCCCAGAACAGAUUUCAGCCUGGACAGGUUCAUGUGUGCUGAUACCGUGCUAUGAGAAAGAUAACCGACGUAUCAAUAACUUUUUAUGGUAUCAAAAUCCUGAGUAUGAUGAUGACAAAAAGCAAUGGACCCGGACAGUUGUUUAUGAUAAUAAAAAUACAAAAAAGGUGGACAGUCACUUUGAAGGCCGAGUGAAACCGUAUGUGGGUCAGGGAAAUGGAGCCUGCGGAAUUGUACUGCACAAUGUACAGGAAGGGGACAGCGGGUAUUACAGGCUGAGGACAAUAGAUGGUAACGAUCAAUGGAUGACAAAAAAGAAUGUGUCUCUGACUGUCUCUGAUUCUGGGCCGGAGUUAAUGAUCAGACCUGUGGGAGUGGGGAGAGAAUACCAGAAGCUCACAUUGUCCUGUUAUGUUCAUUAUUAUUGCCCUGAUUAUGACAUUAAACUGUCCUGGGAUGGAGAUGUGAGAGGGGAGACAAAGACAACUGUUCCACGGCUUGAGUGGUCAGUGAGAAAUAAGAAACCAAUAAUGACUGAGGCGGAAUUCACCUUUACCCCGACCUGGGAAGAUCACAAUAAAACAAUACAAUGUGCCCUUACCAAAGGGGAUAGUGAAGUUACCAAGACCGGACCUGUUGUGCUGAACAUACAGUAUUCCCCCAAAGGAGUCCGUAUCCGGCCUGAAACAUCUCCUGUAACAAUAAGCAAAGGGGAAGAAGUAGCCUUGGAAUGCACUGCAGAAAGCAGUAACCCUCCCAUAGACACAUACCGGUGGUACAAAUCUGCUAAUAACAUUGUAGGUUCUAAUUCUCAUUACUCAGCCCGCGAAUCAGGAACUUACUAUUGUGAGGCUGAGAAUACGAUUGGCAGAACUCGAUCUAAAGGCGUGGCUAUAAAUGUGCUCUAUGCUCCAACGGUAACCCUUAAAAUCCCAAGCCGAGAAAUAAGAGAAGGUUCCCAGUAUACACUGACGUGCUCCGUUGAUGCAAACCCUCAACUAGUAAACAUUACCUGGUAUAAAGACUAUGAAAAGAUUUUAAAUAAAAACCGUGACACCCUGACAUUCCCUUAUAUAAGAGAGCAGGAAUCUGGAUCAUAUCACUGUGAAGCGCAGAAUAUUAUUGGAUCAGAGAGCUCAGCAGAUGUGUAUGUGGAUGUUGUAUAUGCUCCAAAGAACCCUGAAGUUGUUGUUGAGCCAAAAAAGCCGUCAUUCGUGGAAGGGAGUAGCCUGCGAUUCAGCUGCAAUGUCAACAGCAGUAACCCAGGAGUAUCACAGAUCACAUGGUAUAAGAAUGAGAAAGUAAUGGCCUCCGAGCGUAAGAAUUAUAUUAUUAUUGAUACAAUCAAAGAAGAGCAUCAUGGGAACUACAUGUGUAAAGCUGGAAAUAAAAUAGGUGCUACUUCUUCCCAGGCUGUUUCCAUAAAUGUUCUCUAUCCCCCCAAGGGUGUAAGAGUCACACCCCAAGCACAAAUAAUAACAGAAGGGGAUAGGAUACGGUUGGCCUGCUCAGUAGACAAGAGUAACCCCACAGUCACUGAAUUCCGCUGGUACAAGGACUCGGCCCUACAGCCCCACAGAAAUAAAGAGAUUACCUUCCCAGGAAUAAAAAGGACGGAUUCUGGCAAGUACACAUGUGAGGCAAGGAAUGGCAUCGGGAAUGUCACAUCUCAGCCAAUAACCCUUAAUGUUCAAUACGCCCCCGUGGGUGUAAUGGUUUCCAGCAUUCCAUCCAACCUGGUGACUGAACACACUAAGGUGACAUUGACUUGUACGGCCCAAGCCUACCCCAAUACCAUUUCUUACGCCAUUUACAAAGAUGGAGUCCUUCUCAAGUAUUCCCAAAGUUUGGUCUUGGAUUACAUUCAGUUAAGUGAUGGGGGAGAAUACUAUUGCAUGGCAACCAAUUCUAUUGGGAGUGGAACUUCACGUACUAUCGACAUACAUGUGUCAUAUGGUUUGACCUCAAUAGGCAAAUAUAUAGGAAUUGCCGUUGGAAUCUUCACUCUUCUCGUCCUUCUCAUUGUGGCGAUUCACUUUAAAAUCUGGAAGAUGGUGUUUCGGUUUAAAGCCGAUGACAGCGAGUCCCAUUUUAUUGUGAUGAAGAAGACCCACCCGGAGUUACCGGACAAUGCGGCGAGACAAUCCCCACCAGUGGGCAGUCACCUGGAUCAGCUGAACUAUUCUAUUAUCCAGUUCCCUCCACAACCAGAAGGGGGAGCAGCAUCAAGGACCAACCCUAAUGAUCAAGGUGUCAUAUACAGUGUGCUACAGAAAACUUCCAAGGCACAUGAAUAUGAGAACACAACCAGCGGAACCCAGGAAGAGAAUUCUGAUGAGAUUCACUAUUCAACGAUUGCCAACCUGCCUAGAGGAGGCAUGGUGCCCUCCAGGACUUCAGAGGUGGAAUAUGCAAUGCUCAGCACCCAACAGAACAUCAAUAGCACCCAACAGAACAUCUAUAGUUAGUUGCAAAGGUCCCACAAGCUACAGGCAGCUAUGGCUGUAAUGAUCCCAAAUGUUCUGCUGUUAUGUUUGUGUUGCUUUCCCCCCCAAACAAUCCCUUUAUACGGUAUGUUUAUGGUAUAUAAGGACUGUAUUACGUUUAUAUACAUUGAGUAAAGACUUUGUAUUAGUUUGUA